UGGAGCAGCCGGGUACCAGAGCCUCCGCUCGGCGGCAAGAUGGAAGAUAUAAAACCAAACGUGGAAUUGAAAAGCACUCAGGAGCAGUCAGUGGCCACAGAAGGUCCAGUGAUUGUGAAUGACUAUGACUUAACCAAACCUCAUGAAAUCGAAAAUGUGGACAGUGCAGAAGGCCCAGCCAAUGAAGAUGAGGAUAUGGGAGAUAAUUCAAUGAAAGUGAAAGAUGAAUACAAUGAAAGGGAUGAAAAUGUUUUAAAGCCAGAGCCCAUGGGAAAUGCAGAAGAGCCUGACAUUCCUUACAGCUAUUCAAGAGAAUAUAAUGAAUAUGAAAACAUUAAGCUGGAGAGACAUGUUGUCUCAUAUGAUAGUAGCAGGCCAACCAGCGGAAAGAUGAACUGCGAUGUGUGUGGAUUAUCCUGCAUUAGCUUCAAUGUCUUAAUGGUUCAUAAGCGGAGCCAUACUGGUGAACGCCCAUUCCAGUGUAAUCAGUGUGGGGCAUCUUUUACUCAGAAAGGUAACCUCCUCCGCCACAUUAAACUGCACACAGGGGAAAAACCUUUUAAGUGUCACCUCUGCAGCUACGCAUGCCAGAGAAGAGAUGCACUCACAGGUCAUCUUAGGACACAUUCUGUUGAGAAACCCUAUAAAUGUGAGUUUUGCGGAAGGAGUUACAAGCAGAGAAGUUCCCUGGAGGAGCACAAGGAGCGCUGCCGCACCUACCUUCAGAGCUCUGACCUGGGUGAGACUGCAAGUGCGGAGGCAAGACACAUCAAGGCAGAGAUGGGAAGUGAAAGAGCUCUCGUUCUGGACAGAUUAGCAAGCAAUGUGGCAAAACGAAAAAGCUCAAUGCCUCAGAAAUUCAUUGGAGAGAAGCGCCACUGCUUUGACUAUAAUUCCAGCUACGUGUACGAGAAAGAGAACGAGAUCAUACAGACCCGAAUGAUGGACCAAGCCAUCAACAACGCCAUCAGCUAUCUCGGGGCCGAGGCCCUGCGCCCCCUGGUGCAGACGCCGCCCGCCCCCACCUCCGAGAUGGUCCCGGUGAUCAGCAGCCUGUACCCCAUCGCCCUCACCCGCGCCGAGAUGCCAAACGGGGCCCCCCAGGACCUAGAAAAGAAGAACCUCCACCUGCCAGAGAAGAGCCUGCCCUCUGAGAGAGGCCUGUCCCCCAACAACAGCGGCCACGACUCCACAGACACGGAUAGCAACCACGAAGACCGGCAGAGCCACCUCUACCAGCAGAACCACAUGAUCCCGCCGCGGGCCCGCAAUGGGAUGCCCCUCCUGAAGGAGGCCCCCCGCGCCUACGAACUCCUCAAGCCCCCGCCCAUCUGCCCGAGAGACUCCAUCAAAGUGAUCAGCAAAGAGGGGGAGGUGAUGGAUGUGUACCGCUGCGACCACUGUCGGGUCCUCUUCCUGGAUUACGUGAUGUUCACCAUCCACAUGGGCUGCCACGGCUUCCGCGACCCAUUCGAGUGUAACAUGUGCGGCUACCGGAGCCACGACCGGUAUGAGUUCUCGUCCCACAUAGCCAGGGGCGAGCACCGGGCCAUGCUGAAGUGAAGGAGACUGGCCCCGCGCCAGCG